UGAUACUCCCGACAGUCCCGACUGCGGGCGCUGGUGUAGUCGGUCAAGCGCAGUGCAAAUGGUGCUGUGGUGCAAAUCGGUGCAAAUCCAGCGAUUUAUCUAGCUGUCGUUUUCGUUGGCCGUCGGAGCCAGUGGUCGCAGGAAGAUGGAAAAAUGUAUUUGAAACGUACAUCGAAGCUGCUGGAUCUCACAGUGUCGCGUACUACUGCGGAUGUGCAUCUGCGCGAUUUGACGUGCCCGAUAUGUCGCGGCAUUCUGAUCGAACCAGUGACGCUGCCGUGCACACAUAACCUCUGCCUACGUUGCCUGCAGGGUACAUUCGAGCACAACAGCCUGACCUGCCCGCUGUGCCGGGUCCGGGUGGGUUCCUGGCUGCGCACCGCCACCAAGUCCGAGACUUUGGUGAACCACGGCCUCUGGCAGCUUAUCAGGUCCAAGUUCCCGAAGGAGGUCGAGAACAAGCAUAAUGGCGAGGAGGGGGAUCUCGGCUUGGACGCUGCUGAUUAUGCAGCAAAUAGAAUACUCAGUGCAGCUGGAGAGAUACACCGGGAAUACAAGGCUCAACUUCAAAUGGCCCAGGAAGAGAUGCGUCGUGAGAGGCAUGCUGAACAAAUGGCCAGUGAAGCAUUGAUUCAGAAGAUUCAGGCAGAGGAUCAGCUGCUAUUGGCACAGCUGGCGCAGGAUCAAUUGCUAGCCAAGACUCUGGCAAAGCAGCAACAGAAGGAAGCUACAAAGUGUUAUAAUGAAUGCUUGACCACAUCAGUGCCGAGUUAUGUUUUUAAUGAGUCCAAGUUUAACUAUACAGCUAUACGUGUAAAUAAUACUGAAGCGCCACGAACCGAAACUGCAUGCUUAGAAGGCAGGCACAUGGGUCUUCCUGAGUCUGUCAAAGACAACUCAAAAACGAGACAAAUGAAUGCAUUGUUAUCCAAGAUGGGAAUGUAUUCCAAUGUAUGCGGCUCUAAAGAGAUAAACGUGUCCAGUACGCAUAAAAAUCCGCCUACAUAUUGUUGCCAGAAACAAUUACCCGUUUAUAACGCCGUUGCGAAGAAGCAAACGGUAUCCAAGUUUACCCAACCUAGUACUUCGAAUUAUUCCAUGGAUCCCGGAUGCUCCACGUCCAGGGCGUACGCGACGGAGACUAAGGAAGAGUUGCGAGUACCGAGCGAUGUAGUGAACAACAAGAAGAAGAGUCUCGGGGUAGAAGUGUGCAUGACGCUGGCUGAUGACGACGAGAGGAUAGGUAGCGCCGAAAGCUCUGGCAGUCACGACAGUAUAAAUCAAGAAAUCCAUCAUUUCAAACCAAUUAAGACAGCGCCAAGGACUAAAUUGCAAAUUUCUUCAGAUGGAAAACAGAUAGAUCCGAAGUUGAUUAGAGUGAUCCCUAUUUUAAAGAAAGUAUCUAACGCAGAGCCGACAGCUCCAUCGUUGACACAUGUGAAACGUAUUGGAUGCUCUUGGAGCGCCUUCAGAGGUAAAAUAAGACAAGACGCAAAGGAGAAACACGCAGCGCACAAUCUGAAGGAUAAUACAUCGGGGACACCGAUUGAUCAGAAACCAUCGACGUCAUUCGUUCAUUCCCAAACGAUUUCGAAUAAGUCGAUGAAGCCUCAUACAAAUGAUGCUAUCCGCCGACUUGAUUUUAUACCCGAAUCAUCGUUUGAUAGCAAUAAAAAUUAUACGAAGAAUGCAAAUAAAAUAAUUAAUGGUACUAAGGUGAGCAAGAAGUCAGAUGAUGAGGAAUGGGACGCGAGAAAAACACGCAAGUCCUGGAGACCGAUCGUGCAAAAUGGUACAGUAGCGAAAUCUAAUCGGUAUAAAAAUUUGCGAAGCAGCAGGAAAGAAACCAGGCUUACUAUGAACGUGAUAGACGAAGAGGAGGACGAUCUAACGAGCUCCAAUCCGUCAUUCAAUAAAACAAGCCCGCAAAACGUCGAGCGGGAUGGCGAUGAUAACGUAGCCGUCGAAAAUAUAGCCGAACGAAUUAAAAGGAGAAAAGAAAACGCAGACAUAAAAACAUCGGAGCCAGAAAUGGAAUCUACUGCGUCUAAAAGAAGUAGAACAGCAACGAAGAAGAAAGCCUUACCUGAGAGAAUAGACGAGGAUCAAGCCACAUUCUCAACGUCUCAAGAUAGUACGGAGGCCGACGAAAAUUUCACGGGAAGGACCAAGCGGCGAAAAAUGAGCAAAAGAAAAUCCGCGCGAAACUCAACGAGGACCUCAUCGACGGUAGGUGAAUCGGACGGUGCAUGUAACAAGAGUAACAGCAAGUUCAAUUAUGACUCGCCGCCGGAGUCUUGCGACGAGAUAGAAUGCAUUUCGGAAAGCGAACGUCCCAUGGACAAGCUUUCAGACGAGGAACUGAUCGAGGAGCAGCAGCGAAUUGAGCGAAUGUUAUUGCAAGAGCGGGCGGAUUUCGAGCUGGCGCGUCGCUUGCAGGCCGAGUAUGACGAGAUGGAGCAAAUAGCCGGACGUACCCGACGCUCGAGAAGGGCUAUCGAGAGUGAGAGAAGCGUCAACGUGAACGCGCGUGAGAUCAACGCGGCGAGGACAGUCCGUAGGACGAGCAGUGUGCGCAAGACGGUGAAACGGAAUCCGGUUGUCGGUACCGCGACUAAGGGAAAACGUGGCAGGCCAAAACGCAUAAAAAUCACGGUUGAUGCACGCGAAGACGAGACUCGCACGCGAUAAUCAUGUCGCGGCGCGUGAGAACCCUCCACAAUUGGAUGUUCCUAUAAGCCAUACGUUUGACGGAAAAAGAUUCGAGAAAAGCCGCAACUUUUGUAUAGUGUCUUGUGUAUUUUUUAACAAAUCAUUUGCGUCGUAUCGAAUAUGUACCUGGAUACAUUGCGAGAGUAUGUACGGAAGCGGUUUGGAUCUUCAGAUUAUUAUAAUGUCGUUUUCGGUGUUCACACAAUGGAACGUCUACGUGCUGUUUUUGUUCCUAAUACAUCGAUCGUGUGCGUUUUUAAAUAUAACGAUGAGAAACGCGGCUUAUGCUCAUGUACAGCGUGCCCUGAAACGCUCGGCCUAAAUUUUAACAAAUCUCGACAGACAGAUUUUUUUUUCAGCAAAA